UAAUUUUUCUCUUGUUGUCCCCAAUUUCUAAUUUUCAAUAUCAACAAAGAGAAGAAGUUUCUCUCAUUUCCUGUGGGAUCAAUUAAAAAAGCAUGGGUUUCCGAUCCCUCUUCAACCGAAAGAAGAAACUUUUAAAGAAAACAACAUCAUCUUCUCCAACAACCUUAACCGAACACACAACAUUUAUCUCCCGUACACCGUCUCUCCAAUCACGUGCCCUUUUCAACGAGGAUUUGGAACAUGUGUUUCGUAAAUUUGAUGUUAACAACGAUGGAAAAAUCUCUUCUUCUGAAUUAGGAUCUAUCAUGGGAAGCUUAGGACAACCCACCACAGAAGAAGAACUCGACGAUAUGAUCCGUGAGGUUGAUGCUGACGGAGACGGUUACAUCAACCUCGAGGAGUUUAUCGAAUUAAACACCAAAGACAUUGAUUCUAAUGAGAUUUUGGAGAAUCUCAAAGAUGCUUUUUCCAUUUUUGAUAUUGAUAAAAAUGGUUCUAUAUCGGCUGAGGAGUUGCACAAUGUUAUGGUUAGCCUCGGUGAUCAAUGCUCCCUCGUUGAGUGCCAAAAGAUGAUAGGUUGUGUUGAUAGCGAUGGCAAUGGAAUGAUCGAUUUUGAAGAGUUUAAAAGAAUGAUGAUGGGUUCCACCUUUGGAUCCAUCGGAAGAACUAAAAGGGAAACAUGAAAAUUUGAUGUGUGGUUUUAAGUUAUGGUUUCGGUGUGGUGUUUGUUGCGGUUCAAUUUGGUCACACUUUUAUUGUGAUUUGAUCGCAAAAUUUUUAAGACCUAAUUAAUUAGGGAAGUACAUUUCAAUGUUGAUUGUAAUUUUUUAUUGUUAUGUAUGGGUUUUCAUUGUUGCAUGUACUUUCAUUUAGUUUCUUCUUUUAUUUUUCUUCUGGAAAUAUUGGUUGAAGACAAGUCUUUUAUAACUUGUUUAUGGAAAAUACAUCAUUUGUAACUUUUAAAGAUUUCUUUGAAAAUCUUAAUUUCUGUGAUGUGAUUAUUUAAUUAUUGUUCAA